AUGGCUGGCUUACUGGAUAUUAAUAUGAUCACUGAGCUACGCGACAGCCUCUCAGAAACUGCUGCGAAAUGCUCCGAGAGAUGUCUCUACCAGUCGGCCAAGUGGGCAGCCGAGCUCCUGACUUCUAUUGCCCAGCCAGAUGAAGAUCCCUCCAAUUCUGACGAUGAAUCCGAUUCUUCUAUGCUCAAUGCCGAUGCGGUGCCUCGACCGCUCUUCUCGACCACCUCGGACGAUCCGCAGGAAGCCGCCCUGGAGAGAAAAGAAGCACACAAAUACAUCCUUGCCAAAUCAUACUUUGACACUCGAGAAUAUGAUCGAUGUGCUGCCGUCUUCCUCCCACAAUCCGCUCCUGCUGGAGGCCUCCUGUCUUCAGAGAAGAUCAACAAAGCGUCAGCAUUCACACCACCGAAAGGCAAGAAGUCCAGGCGUACUUUGCAUGCGACUGGCAACCCCUUCCCAAAGCUGAGCCAAAAGUCUCUCUUCCUCGCCCUUUACGCACGUUACAUUGGUGGGGAGAAGCGGAAAGAUGAGGAGUCUGAAAUGGUUCUUGGUCCAAAUGAUGGCGGGCAGACAAUAAAUCGUGAGCUAUCUGGACUCGGCCAGAGUUUAGAAGCCUACUUUUCCUCUCAAAACACUGAGCAACUUCGAACACGCUCUCAGGGAUGGUUGGAGUACCUCUAUGGCAUCGUGCUAUCGAAAUCCAAAAACGAAUCGGCGGCUCGAGAAUGGCUUGUCAGGGCGGUUCACCGCAAUCCAUUCCAUUGGGGAGCAUGGGAAGAACUUGCAACGCUCUUGCCAUCUACCAACGAUUCUGUGGACGAAAAGAUCAGACAGAGUCUACCGCAGAGCGUCAUGACCCUCAUGUACCACAUCCACCUCUCGAUUGACCUCAGCACAACCUCCGACUCUAGCUCUACCUUCGAUUCACUCCACGAGCUUCUUCAGGUCUUCCCAACCAGUACAUUCCUGUUGACUGCUCUCGCUCUUCUUCAUUACCAUUCCCAAGACUUCGAAGCAGCAGCUCAAAUUUUCCAGCAAAUCCUAACUUCGCAUCCUCACAGACUUGACGCUCUGGACCACUACAGCAACAUUUUAUACGUCAUGGCGGAUCGACCCAAAUUAUCCUUCCUAGCACACCUAGCCACUGCCACCGACAAGUUCCGGCCGGAAACUUGUUGCGUCGUUGGCAACUACUACAGUCUUUGCUCCCAGCACGAGAAGGCAGUCAUGUACUUCCGCCGCGCUCUCACCCUCGAUAAGAGCUUCCUCUCCGCGUGGACCUUGAUGGGCCACGAGUACGUCGAGAUGAAGAAUACCCACGCCGCAAUCGAAAGCUACCGUCGAGCAGUGGACCUUAACCGGAAAGACUACCGAGCCUGGUAUGGACUUGGCCAGGCGUAUGAAGUGCUAGACAUGGCUUUCUAUGCACUGUUCUACUACCAGCGAGCUGCCGCAUUGAAACCUUACGAUCCCAAAAUGUGGCAAGCGGUUGGGAGCUGCUAUGCGAAGAUGGGGCGUGUGGAACAGAGCAUCAAAGCUCUAAAGCGUGCCCUUGUCGCAGGAACAUACUACGAGACAGUGACGCCAACGCCAACAAAUUCGUUCAACACCUCCAUAUCGUCUCAAACGCCCGGUAGAGGUCGACAGCAGAAACCCGAACCGACUGGACGGAAACUCCUCGAUCCGGAGACACUGUACCAGAUCGCCACACUGUACGAGAGGCUCGGUGAUGUAGAGGAGGCAGCACGAUUCAUGGAAUUGACAGUCGCUCAAGAAACGGGCUCAACUGCAAAAAGAGUCGGUAAGGCCAGUUUUGCGGCGAGGAGGUAUAAAAUGGAUGAUGACACCGAUGACGAUGAUGAUGUCGCUACGGAAGUUUUGUCGAAUGACAGUGACUCCGAUGAUGAUGAUGAUGAAGCUGGUGGUGAUGGGUUUGGCACGGGGACGACGCCGACGACGUCGAAGGCUAGGUUGUGGUUGGCCAGGUGGGCUGUGCGGAGAGGCGAUCUGGACAUGGCGGAGAGGUUGGCGGAGGAGUUGUGCGUGGAUGGAUAUGAAGUCGAGGAAGCAAAAGGGCUGGUCAGGGAGGUUAGGGGAAGGAGAGAGGCUGAAGGGGAGAGGGGUGGGUGA